CAGAGGGAUGGCGCAGCUCUGGGCGGUGUUCCUGGCCGUGGGGUCGCUCGCCAUCGGCCUGCUCGGGGUGCUCGGAGUCUGGCUCUGCUACCUGUUCCAGGCCGUGGCGCUGGGCCCACCUCCCGCCCCGCCGCCCGACACGCCGGACACGAGCGGCGACGGCGACGGCGACGACAAGAACGGGCUAUCGGAGGCGGAGCUGAGGCGGCUUGGCGGGGUCGUCCAGGCGGAGGCCGCCGUCGACGACGAGGAGGAGGCGCUGUGCCCCAUCUGCCUCGACGCCAUGGAGCCGGGCCGCGCCGUGCGCGUCCUCCCCGGCUGCAACCGCGCCUUCCACCAGGACUGCGUCGAUCGGUGGCUGGCCAUCUCGCCGCGCUGCCCCGUGUGCAACAUCUGGGCCACGCCGCAGUCGCCGCAUGCCUCGCUGACGGUGGCCAAGACUGCUCCGGGGUGCUGACACGGGGGCGCGCGCGCGCGCUUUCUUGGUUCUUGACGAUUCUUGGUCCGCCUCUGAACUUCUGAUCAAGAAGCGUUCUUGACGUAACUCUAGUUAGUUUUCUUGGCUCGGGAGAGCGGUUCUUGUUAGUUUUCUUAGUCUGCUAUACAUGGUUGUGUACAGGAUUCUUGGACGUGAGACUGCAUGUAGUUACUACGAUUCUAGAAAGAAACGAGUAGGCUUUUGCAGAUUUGGGUCUCUUUUCUUCUAGCAGAUCGUCACAGUUGGCCGCAUUUGGUCUAUUUGAUGAACAAGAGACAGUAAAUGCCGUGAAGAUAGCAAAUUAUGAUGUGGGGUAGCAUAUCCAUCCUAUUAAUCAGACGCCGAUUCUGAUUUUGUCGAUUUUUAUUCUUCUUUGAGCUGUCGGUUGAAAACACACUGCAAACAUCUAGUUCAAAUCAGAAGCGGUUACUUAAUGAAAUCAACAG